GAGCCGUUUAGGUGUUUCGAGUGAGUCGAUACUCUAACAUUACUCUGCACUUACCCAAAGUGUGACAUAUGGAGCUUUUAUUUGUGUAAAGAAACACCUAACUUCCAGUCACGUCUUCGGUAAUGUUGACCUACUUGACGUCAAGCUGGUUCACUUCUGGCUUCGUGGCUCAUUGAAUUCAUGAGCUAACGUUUAUUUCUCGAUAACGUUGAACAGCAGAAGGAGAACAAUGUCGUAUUUAUUCGCCACACUUGUAGCUGUAGUGCUGCUUAAUUCUGGGGCUUCUGGUAAAAGUGUAACGGGACAUUUUAGGAGCGAAGCAGCGAGACAGCAGAAUGGCCAGUUCAUCACUAAAUUCAUGUACCAAGGUUACAAUGGGCUGCUGGUGUGCAGGCUGGAGAACUCUGCUCUGGCUACAGAGAAGGAGUCCAGAUUGCUGCUGUAUCAGGACAUGGACCUAGACAUGGACAACCUCAGCUGCUCUGAGAGGCUCGUCAAAGCAGAAUUCACCAUUUCUCUCAGUGAAGACGAACACAACCAGACGAUCCCUCGCCAGGCCUCUCCUACGGCCUGGCUGGUCCUGUACGCUGACAGAUAUACAUGUCAGGAAAACGUAGUGAUCCCUUCUCACGCUGAUCUCAGUUUCACUGUCUUGCUGUUCAACGCCGACUCGGCUGGAAAUCCUCUGGAGCACUUUAGCGCAGAGGAGGCAGGUCUCCAUACUUUUUACUUCCUCCUGCUGCUGGCCUACUUCAUAGCCUGCUGUAUCUACUUCCAGCCUCUGUACCAGGCUCUGAGGAAAGGAGGCCCCAUGCACACUAUCCUCAAAGUGCUGACCAUGGUGCUGGCAUUACAGGGCUGCUCCGCUCUCUGCAACUUCAUCCACUUGGCCAGGUACUCCAGAGAUGGUAUUGGUAUUCCUCUGAUGGGCAGCCUGGCCGAGUUCUGGGAUAUGGUGUCCCAGGUGUCCAUGCUGUACAUGUUACUGAGUCUGUGUGUGGGCUGGACUCUGAGCCGCGGAAGGAAGCCUCAGUCCAGACCUCUGCAGUGGGAACAGACUCCCAAGUCCACGGCUGUCGCUGUUGGAGGAGUCGUUGUGCAGGGAGGGUUGCUGCUGUGGGAGCAGUACUCGGAGUUAGACAGUCAACAUCACAGCUACCACACCCAGCAGAAUCUGGCAGGUCUCCUCCUCAUAGCUCUGAGAGUGGGCCUGGCCCUCCUGCUGGCGUCUGUCCUCUACCAGAUCAUCUCCACCGAGAGGAGCACCCUGAAGAGAGACUUCUACCUCUGCUUCGCCAAGGGAUGCUUCCUGUGGUUCCUCUGCCAUCCCGUCCUCUUCCUCACGUCCGCUAUCUUCAGCGCGCACCAGGGGGAGAAGGUGGUGACCAUUGGUGUGAUCCUCUGCCAGUCCAUCUCCAUGGUGAUCCUCUACCAGCUCUUCCUGUCUCGCUCUCUCUACUGGGAGGUCUCCUCUCUCUCCUCCGUCUCUCUGCCCCUCACCAUGUCCAGGACGAACCACAGGGGGCGCUACUGAGCACUUCCACUCUCACGCUUAUGAGCGAGAGAGAAAACGCUACAACACCGAAGCUUCACCUCCCUUAACCUCUCACUGCUCUCACUGAGCAUGAAGACAGGAAGUGCUGUAACGCUGCAGGGACUGUCCUCUUUUGCUGUUACUGGCACGGCUUACAAAAAGAACAGGGGAAGAUAUUUACAGCAACACCCUACCUCUAGUUGCAAAUACUUUAAGACAGGAAACGAAACGCAGGCAGGACGAUAUUUAAUGCAAAUACCACCCAGAGAAGGGACACAAGCAAAACAGUACUAUUUCAAAACAGACCGACACAAGCAUGAUGAAGAAGCAUCGCUCGCAUCAAGGUUCUAGAUCUGCAAAUGAAGAAAAGAUUGACUCCCGAUGGAAGCUUACUUGCACACGGUGCAGCAGGCCGAAGGUUGAGAUGGUGGUUUGGACCUUGAGGAUACAUGAUCACUAUUACUAUAAAGGAAAAUAUAAAGCACAGGGAAGCGUUGCACCACUGCUGUUACAUUUAGAGAUGCAGGGAUGUUACUGGAUCCUUGUCACUGAACUAUACUUGGAUCAAAUUGCCAAAGUGAAAGCUUAUCAGAUAGAUUUAAGUGAGUAUAGGAUUUUUGUCAAACAUGAGGAAAUAUUACAUUGGGGAGUGGGGACUAUUAAUCCACAUGAGUAUUUCUGGCAGCAGGCACAUGUAUGUGUGACUGAGUGUGUUGAUGUGUUGCUUUAAAUAGUAUUUGGACAACAAUGGAGCUCUAUGACACCAAUAAAUAAGAUAUAGCUGACUUUGGCUACACAGAAAAUACAUUGUAGUUUUUCAUGGGAUGUAUUUACAAUAAGAGAAUACAUAAAUAUGUGUAGGUGAAGGGUUCAGUAUGUGGUAGGAUUGAUAUGUUAUUUUGGAUAAACAGAUGGAGGAUGGAUGGAUAACGUUUGGACAGAUGGUUACAGUAAGUAGACAGGUACAGAAAUUGAUUUCCAGUCACCUAAAUAUAAAGGAUUAGUGGACUUCUGUCUUUGCACAUGCACAGUGAGCCAAAAGAUCAGUGUGUGCUCGCUGUACAUCACAGAUCAAGCUGUACUUUAAGUUAUUUCUUCAUUCUCAACAUGUGUUUCUGAGCUGACAGCAUGUGCACCUUUUUUGAAAUCAUAUAAACUAUAUGUAGCUGGAGAUGCACUGCAUGCACUGCAUCUUUUUUUAUUUUUCAUGUUCCAUUUGUAUGGAAAUGGUACGUAUGGUAUGUCGGUGCAAGAGAAUGCAUCUACUGUGUUUUUACUUUGUCUCACAAUGACAAUCUUAUUCUAAUUACAAAACAACAAAAUAUGAUGCCUCUGUUUGUAUUGUGUACUAAACAUUUACUUCCAGAUUGUUCAAGAAGGUUGCAUUACAUAUUACAUGUGAGGGUGUUACCACAACAUAAUUCCUAUGGCUGUAGUGAUUUAGUUAGCGUGUCUUAUAAAAAGCAAGACCAGUCUGUAGAGCCUUAAAUAGAGAGGAAGGAACAGUGGGGCAGCCAGGUUCAAUGUUAAACUAGUUUACAGUGUUGCUGAUCCUAAAAGUAUGUUUAUAGUGCUCUGUUUUGGGUCUGGCCAAAAUCUUGCAUACAUUUACAUUUUAAAACAUUAACAUAAAUA